AUAUGUCAAGUUCAUGGUUGUAGUUCCACCUGGCGUGACUCAGGAGAGCCUCGCCAAGCUGAAAGUGGCCACCUUGGCAAAUCCACUACGCAUCAUGAACAAUACAAUAAAAAAAGCUGUUAAAGACCUAGCGAAGUCUAAGAUCUGUGCGGCGUUCACAAUGUCCGCAUUAAAGUCCAUGUCAGCGCAAGGAGAAAUCAGCAACCCCGGAGAUCCUGCAGAUCUCGUUUCAUCUGUGAAGCAGACGGAGGUGCGUCAUAUGUUGACUGAUUACAACGCCCUCUGUCUCACUGCAGUCAGCGUACUGGAUGACAACUGCCCUAAUUUCAACAUGCUCAAGAUAAUGAAAAUGGUGUUCGACAAGAACUUCAAGUGACUCAUCGAGGCG